UUGUAGACAUUGUUUAGUAGCUGUGUAGCAGACUCCUGAGAAGACACCGGAGCGGCACAGUCUCUGAUAACUGGAUACCUGAGUCCAAAGUAAAGGAGUUUUUUGAAAAAAAGAGAGAAGCGCUCGUUGGAGAUGCGGGUUGUAGCUGCGUAAAGGCGUGACGCAUGGACUUCUUACUUUUACAGCACGAAUUUGACGACAGGUCAUGGUUCUUCGAGACAGAACUUGACGUUCAAAUCCGCUUUGAGACACGUUAAAGAAGAAGACACCCAGGUUUAUCUCCGGGUUGGUACCAAAUUUGGGGACCGUGCAGUCUCUCCUUGGACGCUGUAAUUCUGUACCGACCUUGGCUUCAGCUUCAAGAGGCGCCGAACAUGUUGUGAGAAAUUUCCUUCGGAGUUAUUUACUCAUUAACCAUAGACGCUGUUUGGAGGCAAGACUGAACAGGUUACUGAAGGGUGUUGAGACUCUGCAAGCAGCCGUGGCAGGACACUGGCCAGAGGAGAGAAAAAAAAUUGGCCGCGUAAAAAACGAAGAGGAGGAGGAGGAGGUGCCUCUCCGCGCUGAGGCAGAGCCGCUUUAGAUGGAUUCUUCAUGUUUGCUUCAGCCUCAGUGGAGACAGUUUGCUCUGAACACUUACACGCCGUUACAGUGAGCUGUACAACAUGUCACAUCGCUGCGUAUGGAUAUCUGGAAACAUGAGCUGCACCAGGCGGGAAAGAAGUGGCUCACCGGUCCUUUCUGGUGCGCAUCUGGAGCAAAAUACGCACAGGACAGCUAGUGGGACCAGAUGGAGAGUUCGGAGGAAGGACAGACAUGAGAUUGCUUCUGUAAUGUCAGCAAAGGCCAAGGUGCUGUUGUGGGUGCUCGUCUCUCUGCUGCCCCUAGUGGAGGGAGUUCAUAUGAAAGCUGGUGCUGCUGCUGUAGGACCAGACUCAGGCCGCUCUGUGGGCCUGUUGGGAAGCCAGGAGGAGCCUGAGCUUCCUGUAACACUGCCAGAGGUGAAGGAGGAUGAGGAGCAGGAAGACGACAGUGACCCUUACUCCACUUGGCAUGCUCUCUACGAUCCCUUUGUGAUAGAUGAGGUGGAUGACCAUCCCAGUAAUCGCUGGGCGGGGCGCUCUCCCCGCUCCUCUGACCCCUCAGAACCUCAACCCAAGGGAUCACCAAAGAAAAAGAAGAAGAGGAAGAGGAAAGAAAAGGAGGAAGAGGAAGAGACAGGAAGAGGAGACAGAAAGGGCAAAGGUAAAAACAGGCAGCUGAAGCAGAGCAGCAGGGACUGCCGUGUGGAGAAAAGAGAGAUCAGGGUUCGGGAUCUUGGUCUGGGGUUUGACUCGGAUGAGAUUGUCCUCUUCAAGUUUUGUGUUGGCUCCUGCCAGUCCUCAAGGACAAACUAUGACCUAGCUCUCAAGGCGCUGCUAGAAAAUGGAUCUCUACCCAGACGCACGGCUCGAAAGGUCAGCAACCACCCCUGCUGCCGCCCCAACCGGUACGAGCCAGUUUCCUUCAUGGACGCUCAGACCACAUGGAGGACCAUCCAGUCGUUAUCAGCCGCUAGCUGCAUGUGCAUGGGCUGAAGGAGUGAACAUAGGGGGGUUGAUAAAAGUGACGAGGAGGAGAGGCGUGACCUGUCCUGAGCAGAGAUGAGGCUUGUGAGGACGGCCAGAAGGGGCGCUGUUACAUACAAACACAGAACAGAGGAAGUGAUGGACCUCGCUGUGGUGUAUUAUCUAUUGGUGAGGAAGAGGUGUGGGGCAGCUGAACGAUGGAGGUCAGAGGUCAAAAUCCGAGCCUGAGGGGGAACUCAUCAGGGAACCACAGUCUGGAUUUACUUUAAACUGAAUACCUGGUAAAUAAUGCAAGAACCUCCACACCAGUUGAAACAAAUAUUAGAGACUGCAAAUAUGGACGUGUUUUGAGUUUUCACAGGCAAGUCCUGAAGGCUCAAGCUCAAAGAUAGAAAGAAAGACACAACUAAAGGACCGACACUGUGUUUAUAUCAGAAUAGGACUGAAAAAGGACCAAUGAGACAAUCAAUUUUACUCACAGUGAAGCCAAAACCUCCUGAAGCAAUAUGAUAUUUUCACAUAAAAACAGGCAUUACAUUGUUUCUAUGUUCAGGUGAACUCAGCCAAAUGGAUGCCAUGCAUCUUCAUGUAUUACUGUGUCAAAGUAAAAUAUAUUUAUUUCUGAUAAAUUAUUUAUUUAUUAUAGCUUGAUCUGAGAGCUGUUUUAUUAACUCUAUAUUGUAGAUAAAUAUCUAUUUAUUUCCAGGACUCAGCCUUCACGUUGACAGUUACUCCUGCUAACAUGCAGUUUGUACUUUUCUUUUAAAGAUGCUGAUUUUUUUUUUCUUAUCCAUUGCAUUAAACAACCGGACAGUGAAUUCUGCUCAAAAUAAAAUUUGAUGCAAUAACGUUUUUGAAAUGAUCAAAGUGAAUUUAUGAGACAAGAUUGCUUUUGAAGAGUUUAGAAUCUUUCCAAGAUUUCACUGAAGAAACUUUUGUUUAGUAAUUUCUUGUGUCUCAAGACAACGACACGUAUUGACAGCGUGACAGCUGAUCUCGUUUUAUGGUGAAUUCUGGGUAGAUAGUCAGCAUUACCAGAGCAUUAAUCAUAUGUCUCAAUGUCUAGAAUGUUUAACAAAGUGACACUUUUAUACAACAAGACCUCAACAACUUUCAUCUUCAUGUGGUUGAGAACUCCACUCAGUUACACACCCCCAGUAUGUCACAUUAAUGUUAUUAUUAUUUUAUAAAGUUUGUUUUAUUUUUGUAUGGCAUUAUCCUCUAAGGGAAUAAAGUUUUUUAAUAUA